AUGUCUGAUCGGUUCACUUCAAUCAUAAAUGAGUUAAAGAACUUUGAGAAGGCUUAUUCUAAUGAAGAAGUAGUGAGAAUGAUGUUUGCCUCAUUGCUUACAUCAUGGGAAGGCAAAGCAAUUGCCAUUAAAGAAACCAAGGAGUUGGAGUUGUACACCAUUGGUAGGGAGGAGGUAAAUUUUUACAACACCGGAGGUUCGGUUUUCGAAGACGAUAAAGGGUACUCCAUGGAUGAAAUCUGGAAAGACAUUGAUCUGUCUGAAGAAAAGACGAUGCAAUUACCCUUGUUUGAAAACAAGAGUGCUCAAGAAUAUUGUAAUGUUUCAUGUCCUUCAAUGGCCUCUCCUCCAUGGGAUUUCUGCUGGGAUUACUCCCUUUGGAAGAUGGAUGAAGAAGAGAGUAAUGUGUUUGUUCCAGCUAAUCAAAUUCAAUUCAUUUGUUCAUAA